CCGGAGAGGCAGAACUUGGCGGGCGCGGAGCGCUGCAGCCCCGCUCCCGCCCGCGGCGCGCCGAGACCCCAGCCCGCUCCCGUGGCAGGCUUCAUCAGCAGUUUCUUGAUGUUUGGAAAGUUCUGAGACCCACCCUGUUGGACUACUUGUGCCUAAGACUACAAAAACGUACGUGUGAAAGAACCUCUCUUCCUUCUUCCACUGAAGGAAGUGUCCAUCACAGCACUCUGGAAACGCCGUGCAGGCCUUGCAAGGCAGGAGAACAGUUUGUGCUUCCCUUGACGCUCGUGCGCAAUCUCUGCUUCUUAUGCACUCCAGCACCCCUAUCAGCUCCUUGUUCUCCUUCACCAGCCCCGCAGUGAAGAGGCUGCUGGGCUGGAAACAAGGAGAUGAAGAAGAAAAGUGGGCAGAAAAAGCUGUUGAUUCCUUGGUGAAGAAGUUAAAGAAGAAAAAAGGAGCCAUGGAAGAACUGGAGAGGGCUCUGAGCUGCCCGGGUCAGCCCAGUAAAUGCGUCACGAUCCCACGUUCCUUGGAUGGGCGGCUGCAGGUGUCUCACCGCAAGGGGCUUCCCCACGUCAUAUACUGCAGAGUGUGGCGCUGGCCUGACCUACAGUCUCACCAUGAGCUGAAACCACUGGAAUGUUGUGAGUUCCCUUUUGGCUCGAAACAGAAAGAAGUGUGCAUCAACCCCUACCAUUACCGCCGGGUGGAAACCCCAGUCCUACCUCCAGUACUUGUUCCAAGACACAGUGAAUUUAACCCUCACCUCAGCCUCCUUGCCAAGUUUCGAAACACUUCUCUGCACAGCGAGCCACUGAUGCCGCACAAUGCCACUUACCCGGAUUCCUUCCAGCACCCUCCGUGCACCCCUUUCCCGUCAUCCCCCAGCCACAUGUUCUCCCAGUCCCCCAACAGCAUUAGCUACCCCAACUCACCUGAAAGCUCUUCUGGACCAGGAAGUCCCUAUCAGCUCACAGUGGAAACUCCACCUCCACCCUACCAUGCAAGAGAACCUCCAGGAAUCCACAAUGGAAGGUCAAUGGAUGCAAUAGCUGAAAGUCAGCUAGUGCUGUCUUUGCCCAAUGGAGGUAAAUCUGCCGAUGGAGAAGCUGAAAACUUUCGGCCUGUUUGUUAUGAGGAACCCCAACACUGGUGCUCAGUUGCCUACUAUGAACUCAACAACCGGGUAGGGGAGACUUUCCAGGCCUCCUCUCGAAGUAUCCUUAUAGAUGGAUUUACAGAUCCUUCAAAUAACAAAAACAGGUUCUGCCUGGGUCUGCUCUCAAAUGUAAACCGCAAUUCUACUAUAGAAAACACCAGGAGACACAUAGGAAAAGGUGUUCAUCUUUACUACGUUGGUGGAGAGGUUUAUGCUGAAUGUGUCAGUGACAGCAGUAUUUUUGUGCAAAGCCGCAACUGUAACUACCAGCACGGUUUCCAUCCUGCCACGGUCUGCAAGAUCCCCAGUGGCUGCAGCCUCAAGAUCUUCAACAACCAGCUCUUUGCCCAGCUUCUUGCCCAGUCAGUCAAUCAUGGUUUUGAAGUGGUGUAUGAGCUGACCAAGAUGUGUACGAUUCGAAUGAGCUUUGUUAAAGGCUGGGGAGCAGAGUAUCAUCGCCAAGAUGUUACAAGCACACCCUGCUGGAUUGAGAUCCAUCUGCAUGGACCAUUGCAAUGGCUGGAUAAGGUGCUGACACAGAUGGGCUCACCUCACAACCCCAUCUCCUCAGUCUCUUAAGAAUCAUCUCUAGAAUUCCCUUAGGAUGGAUGCUAUUGCAGGCAGUGGCUUAUAGAAUUCCCAUGAACAGAAGCUUCUAUAUGUAGAUGUAUGUAGAUGUAAAUAUAUCUAUACAUAGUCUACUCUCUUUUUUAAUUUUUUUUUCAUUUUGUGGUUUCUAGUUACUCUGAUGCCAGUACAAUAAGUUUAGAAAGUCGGGUAUAGCAUAUCUGUUCUCUAGUACAAAAUAAGCCAAAUUCCUGCAAAAGUGUCAAACAUUUCCUGUGAGCAUCUUCAUUCCCCAGCCAAUCCAGUAAACGGUGCAAAUUCCCAGCACUUUCAUGUGGGUUCAGAAACCUGUCUGUCACUGUACCUAGUAGGUGAAAUUCACCCUUCUGCAGGCAACCAAAAUCAGAUCUCUGUGCCAUUUAAAUUCAUCUUACAUCCUGAUUUCAAGUCCAGAAGAGGACCUGAGCUGGUGCACAGGACUUAUGCAUAGAGGUGACUUUUAUCUAGGGAACUGAAGGACUAAACUGCCAUUCCAGUCUGUCUCCCUACUGCAAAGCACGAUGGGACAACAAAUCCUCUGAAGAGCUGGAUGCGCACUGCUCUCCUGGGAUUUGGCAGGAGAAGGGAGCAUGUUCAGCACACGAACCUUAUCUCAGAGCAUUCUGGACAAUCUGAGUAGUCUGAUACUGCUAACAUAGUAGGGUAUGGUACUGCUGCACUGAAAAGCAACAAGCUCCUAAGAAAAAAAUGAUAAUUUAAAUAUAUGCCCAUGAGUUAAAAAAAUUAAUUAACUUCCAGUGCUUUUUUGCAAAGUACAUACAUACUUGCAUAUGUGUCGGGUGUGUAAACUAAAUCCUGUUCAUUCUACAGUAUUGAUGUAGUUUGUUUUAAGAUUAGGACUGUCUGUAUUUAGACUGCUGCGCUGAUAUCAAGGUACUCCUAAAAGGGAUUUGAACUGUGAUUCAGAAAAAGGACAUCAAUUGUGCAUUGAAGAAGCAAAUCAUUACUUUAUCAUUCGUCUUGGGAACAGAAAGCCCCACACUCAAAGGAUGCAAUGAGAAGGAGAUGGGAGUCAGCCAUGUCCAUCUCCUGUAUUGGGCCAGUCCUCGGGAUCUGACAGCAUUGCUCGGAUCUGACUGAGAGGGCUUCCCUGCCAGUCACUCCAUACAUCCCUGUCAUCCCUGUGGAUGCUUUCUCAUCUUAGGUACACGCUUCUUCAUUUGCUGAGCUUUUGCCUUGCCUGCAGAGGAUGGUGAGGCAUGGUGGAGCCAUGAAAAAGUAAAGAGUGAAUCUGUGUGCAGAACCAUGUCUGUGUUCUUUCUGUAAGCAGGGAAACCUAUUGUCCAUGCCCUAAUCCCAUCCUUGCAAAAUGCUGUUCACUUGGAAACCUUUCCUGAGAAGACAUUUUGAUAAUCUUUCCUUUUGCUGAAAGAGUUGAGAUUAUUUCUUUCCAGGCAUAACAAUCCGCUGAAAAUCGUUUUUAUUCAAGAGUCAGAAAGACUGAAAAUAUCUGCAACAUCAUUUCUCCAUAGAACAAGUAGAAAUAUUAGUGAAAAAAAAAAUGUUUUUCAGAAUAUUUCUUUUCUUCUCAAACAAUAUCUGGUGCUGGACAUUUUGCUGAAUAUUUAGAAGAAGACUCCUGCAAUCUUCAGCUGUAUCACAAAUGCAAAAGGAAAUAUUCACCAGAGAGACAGUGAGUAAACUAACAGUGUUAUUUCAUUUGAAUGCAUCUUCAGCUGCCUGCAGCUUUAGCAGGGCACAGAAGGAUAAAUUAUUGUUAAGUUUGAGCAGUAAUAGCAAGUUGUAUAGGAAAUUUGUAAGUGCAAAGAACCCUAUUCUGUCACCAUUUGAUGUCAGCAGUGUCACUAUGAGAUAGGAAAAAUUUUACAGUCUCUUGCAGCAAUGAAAUCUAAUAACAAUAAUAAUCAUAUAGAGAAAUUCCAGGCCAUUUACUAUUUAGCAGACUUUAGAGACAUCAGUUUGGAAAAAUGCAUUUUCCUCAUCUCUCUCUGUUACAGUAUCUGUUAAGAGAUCAGAUCCUGGUAAUGUUUUUUAGCAUGUUUGUUGCUCCUCUUCUCCAGCUGCACCUUUGCUCCAAAGGAUGAGCACCUUUUGAUUUUGCUCUUUAUUUAUUUUUUUUGUUUUGUUUUGUUUUAGCAGCUAAGGACAGAGGAUAUCACCUUUACUGUCCAGGAUCUAGCUCUGUCCCUUAUCCUAGAUUCUUCCUUGUCUUUUAGGCUGAAUCCUCCUUCCCUUUUAAUAUAGAGAGAAGCCUAGGAGUUCCUUUUAGACAUUCCCAGCAUUGUCAUCUUCCUCACAGAAAGCAAAGAGAAAUGUUCUGAGGUGCAUCUGCUCUUGGGCAGUUCCAGAACUCAGUUUUCUGUCAAUACUGCAGAGAAAAAUUGGAAAAAUGGCCAGUGAAGAGAAGCAGCUUCUUCUGGGGCAUUAUUUGUUUCAUCACAAGGUAUUUCAGGCAGGUGAAAUACACUCCUAUCUGAGCAUGCUUGUGUCUUCCCACUGAGUAAAAGGGGAACUCAGGGUCAUCAGCUCAAAUGCAGACUGCUACAUUGGAUGUAUUCAAAAAUAGAUGAAGGGAACCCUAAUGACAGUGUUUCGACUUUCCCAGCCUGGUAAUGAUGCUUGCUCAGCAAGUGUUUGUUUGGUUUAAAUGGAAGUCGGUCAAUUUAGAGCAGUUUUUCCUUUCCUUUAUGUCUACCUUUAAUCAUUUUACAAAUAGAAUUUGGCUUCCAUGUAGUCCAUACAUGCAUCUCAUUUAAGGUAGUCACUUUAAUAACUGCCUUACUAAUAAGAAAAGAGGCAUUUCUGGAGCAUGAUUCUUCUGACCUAUUUAAAACACCUGUAGCAUGAGAUGAAUUUCAGCAAAUUUAACUAUUUGCUGAAAACUGGAUCAAAGCACUUGAUUCUGGGCAAUUCUGGCAACAGCCAUCUGUUUUUAGCCUUUGGGAAGGCUGAUACCACUGUGUCAGUUGUUUCCUAUUGUGAUGGUUUCUGGGGGCUUAGCCCACUGUGCUGUGCAAACACACAGAAGCUGACAGCUCCUCCCCAAAGCCCACAGUACGUGGAAGGAGCGGUAACAGGAUGAGACAAAAAAGUAAAUAAUAUUAGACUUGCCCACAUAAAAAGUAAGGCUAAUAAACCAUUUAUUUCCCUUUAUUUUUAACAAGGUUCCUUUUACAGACUUUUCUAAUAUAUAUGAAUUGCAAUUGGUUAAAAUUCAGGUUUCUUACAAUUUACAGCAAUAGAACUUUGUAUCUCUAAUGUCUUCCCCACUUUGGAAGGAGAUGAUUUCUGCUCAAAGGUCUUCAUGAACCUUUAAACCUGUAGUCAGUUUAAGGUCUUUAUAAAUGUUCUACUCAUUAAUGCUCAGCCUUUGGAGACAGUUCUCCUGAGAGAUUUAAAACCACUUACAGCAAGACUACUUAGUUGAAAGCAGAUUUUUAAAAUGGUUUUUUUUUGAGUCAUCAACAGUUCAUAGCCUCUUAAAAGAUUCUGUGGAGCAGUACC